AAAAGGUCGGAGGACCUCCUACCACUUUUCAAAAACUUGUGUUCAUGCCCGUGGAGAGACACCACUGGGACGCGGGCGCACGGACUCCAGGCGCAGAACCAGUCGGACUCCACCACAGUUCCCAGUUUGAUUACACCGACCAGUUUGAUUACCACAGCGAGCAGGAGAUGGCUUUAUCCGGAGUGAUGCUGCCGUCGUUCGCCACCUUCUCCAACCAAAGAGAGAAACCCUGGGAAAACAGGUGGAAAGGAGAGAUGGACAAACUGGUUUCCAGCAGCUGCUCCAUGCUCGAAAUGGUACAAAACCUGGACAAUCACAGCAAAAAGGACGACGAGGAUCUGAGCAACUAUCUGGAUCUGGAUUUUAUUCUCGCCAACACGACGGGCUCGGACAGCGGAGCGGAGUACGUGGGCAGCGUGGAGCCCAUCGGCAUGUACCCCGGAGCCUCGGUGCCAUCCUACCCGGCGGAGGAGCACCGAUCCCCGCCGCCUCCGUACGGCGUGAGCCUCAUGACGGAGCUCCUUCGCUCGGAGGGCUCCAACAGCUUCUCCCUCACCCGCAGCCCCAGCGUGGUGCACGGCAGGUUUUACGUCAACACCGCUCCUUCUUCUUUCCCUCGGCUGGACAACAUCAAGGUGGAGCCCUCCAUGGACGCGUACGGCCCCUGCGUGGGCAUGGUGCCUCAGAGCUGCAGCAAGAUCAAGCAGGAGGGCAACGUGUCCGCCUGCAUGCUGGGGGGCUUCGAGCAGCCCCGGGUGGCCAUCUCCCCGCGGGGGGCCAGCAGCAGCAUGACGCCGCCGCUGAGCCCGGACGAGCAAGGGGUGGCAGCCUCUUCCUCGGAGUGCCAGGCCCAGCUGUGCCACUCCAUGAACUUCCAGCAGAAGUACCACAGUGCGGUGCCUUUCCCGCACAACAACCAGCAGCACCCACAGCACCAGCACCCGCAACAGCAGCUGCACAUGUCCUACCACCACAACCCGCACGGAGCCUUCGGCAUGUACGACGAGGGUCUGGGUCUGCAGCCGGGCGGGCACCGGGUGAUGCUGACACCGCCCUCCUCGCCCCUGGAGCUGCUGGAGUCCAAACCGAAGAGAGGGAGACGGACGUGGCCGAGGAAACGCACGGCGUCACAUACGUGCACGUUCGCAGGCUGCGGGAAAACUUACACCAAGAGCUCCCACCUCAAGGCUCACCUCAGGACGCACACCGGUGAGAAGCCUUACCACUGCAGCUGGGAGGGCUGCGGGUGGAAGUUCGCCCGGUCCGACGAGCUCACUCGGCAUUUCAGGAAACACACCGGACACAGGCCGUUCCAGUGCCACCUGUGCGAGAGAGCCUUCUCCAGGUCCGACCACCUGGCCCUGCACAUGAAGAGGCACAUGUGAUUGGACCCCCCCAAAAAAGAACUUGGGGUUCAGGGGUGUGUGUGUAUGUGUGUGUUAUUUUUAUUGUGAUCCAACUGAUGUAUUUUUUUUAUUUAAGUUGUUCUCCACAUGACCAAAGUCCAUGGACCAAAGUUUUUUUUUUUAUAAAUAUAUAUAAUAUUGAAUUAAAAAAAAAAAAGUUUUAGUGUUAUUAUUUUCUAAUGACGUAGCUGGUACUACUUUGGUUCUUUGAAAGCUUUAGAAAAGCUUUGUUUGCUCUAGAGCAGGCAGACCAAGAAGGGGCUGGCCCUGUAUAUACUACUCUUCCUUGACAGAACUGGAAUGCGGUGUUUGACACAAGUGCCUCUCUCAUGACUGUGCUACUGUAAAAAAACUCUUUAGUGACAGAAAGACAUGGCCACAGACCAGGACGUGUUCUCGUCCACGGGAGUGAGAUGCACAUGCAGUUGCCAAAACGUGUGCAAAGACAAUGUUUUAUUUAAACUGCCUCAAUGUCCAAAUGGCCUGAACUGUUUUUGUAUUUUAUUGCUUCUUCCUGCUCGGAGUCAUUGUGUCUCCUCUGGUGUGAAACUCCCUGAUCCAGCCCCUGUGUACACUAUCAGGGCUUGAUGUCCUGUGCAUUAUUUUUUACUUAAAUUUAUAAGAAUAUGUAAAUGGAAUUUUAUACUGUGUAAAAUGUGUAUUUAUUGUAAAUAUUAAAAAUCAAUGAAAUUGAA